AUGGGUCAGACUCUGCUGCUCUCCGUGCUGCUGAGUCAGUUGUGUUUGCCGGCGUCUCUGGACCUCGUGUACCGACUUAUAGCUGAGCCGAUGACGUGGUUUGAUGCUCAGACUCACUGCAGACAGCACUACUUAGACCUGGCCACAGUGAGAGACGUGAAAGACCUGAAGGGACUGAAGGCUGCUGCAAACGGACUCACAGACGCCUGGAUCGGACUUCGUCGAACCAGUGACAAUGUGUUUGAUGGGAAAUGGUACUGGUCGCAGCCCACAGUCAAGUAUAGUGAAACCGAACCAUGGGAUCGGACACAACCGAACAAUGUCAAUGAGAAUUGUGGGAUUGCUGUAAAAAACGGCCCAUGGCACGAUGGACCCUGUGGGUGCUCCAACACCAACGUUCUGGUCACAGAACCAAGAUCCUGGGUUGGAGCUCAGCAGUUUUGCCGCAGACACCACACUGACCUGAUGAGUGGAAAGGACCAGCGAAGUCUACUGGACCCUUCCACUCUACCACAUCAAUGGUGUUUUGUUGGAUUGUUCUGGGACCAGUGGGGCUGGUCGGACGGUAGCGAGUCCUCUUUCAGAAACUGGAACUCGGACGUAAAUCCACAUAAAUGUGCAGCACUGAGAGACGAGGGCCUAUGGGAGAGCGACGAUUGUGGUCUAAAGAAGAGCUUCAUCUGCCAUAUCGGUAAUCGAAACAACAACUAA